AUGUCCUUGGUCCAGGCUAUUUCAGUUUCGGCCAGCGUCCUGACCCUGACAGUGAUCAGCGUGAACCGGUACUACAGUGUUCGCUCGCCCCUCCGCGCACGCUCCAUGUUCACACGCAGACGCAUCCUGCUCACGGUGGCGGUGGUGUGGGCAGUGUCCUCGCUGAUGUGUGCACCGCUGGCUGUCAUCAACCGACGGCGUGAGAUCAGCUUUGAGACCUUUGCCAUCCCAGUGUGUCACGAGGAGUGGCCCGAGCAGCGUCUCAAGCAGGGAUGCAAAGCGAUUGGGAGGAGGCGUUACCCUGGAUGCUCUUGGCCGCUCGCCGUGAGGAAGCCUGGAGCUUCGUCCCCACCGUGCUAUGCUACGCCGGGACGGCACGGUGGGAUUCCCGUGUCCCGGGGCCAACGAAUGGUGCGAGGACCCAUUAUGGGCCCUUUCCUGAAGGGGGGGGGUGUUACGGGCUAG